UAGAUUUUUAUGUCUUGCUCACUGGUAUAUCGUUGAAUUCAAACGGCGAAGCAGACUCUGUGAUUGAAAUUUCAACAUCAGAUCUAAGAUCUAAAGGACCUCUAGGACCCUGAUAUCUUAUUGCAGAGACCUAUAUAGAAAUGUUUGAUGGUCACUCAUCGGAAACUUGACACUGGACACAGGAUGGCCACAUAAUCUGUCACUUCCGCCUGUCCCGGACAAGCUACAGAUUGUCUAUGACGUUAGAAACAAUCAUAGGAUAUCUGAAAUAGUGAGAUGGCUGUGUGUACGAACGGUGGUCCAGUUCGUGAACAGCUGUAACCGUUUAACAAUUUUGGUGUUUGGCGUAAUCACCCCCACCACUAAAAGACGUAUGGAAGCUCGUAGAAAUUUAAUAUGUGAUUGACAAGGAACCAACCCCCACUAUAGACGUUUGGAAGUUCUUUAAAUAUUUGUCGUUAUAUGGAAAAUGUUAACCUGUCUCAGACGCCCGGAAGUAAACUGGUGUGGAGAUUUUCAUUCAAUUACGAUGUGUUGUGACUAAAUGUAAGUACAUAUGCACCGGAAACAGUCAUACACGUGCACAAUUUCAUGGUACCCAAGGAGUCUUGACUGUCUUGAAGACACAAAGACCUUACGGCACUCCUACACGAGGUUUUUAUCAUCGUAUACUUGGUCGAUAUUAACAUUCACUCACACUAUAUUUCAUGCAAGGAACAUUUUGUUUGAUCGAUGAAUUCUCAUAAUUUGCUCAUAUUAAUGACGAAAACAGCUAUUUUUCCGAACGGGAUUAUGUUGGUAGUAGCAAUAUUCUUUCUACUCUUUAACACGUGUUACGGUGUCGUUGUACAUUUCACCGAGGUAACGCCACCGUUGUCAUGGGAUGAAGCGUUUCUCUCCGGUAAGUGUCACAUCCAGAGUGACGUCACUGGUGACGUAGACUCGAACAGUGUGAAUUUCAAUCACGCACUUGACAACGUCACAGAGGCAUGGGUGGGAAUGUUCGCCUUCUCAUCGGAUACACUUUUAUUUGAAAGUUGUCGAGUAUAUACAGCGGAAAAUAUUCUCGCUGGAUCAACAGGCCAUUUUGUAUUUGAUAAUCAGACUGAUGUUUUGGGGUCGUGCUACCGUUUUUGUAACUCCUCUAGGUUUGGACUCUCAAACGACACGUGCUUUUGUCUCGAAGAUGACCUUGACCUCUAUCACCCUUCGAUUUUAGAAGGAACUAUGUGUCAGUCGGGCUAUGAGGCACUGUGCGGUUCAGGGCCGACGCUCUUUACGAGCAUCUCCAUCAUUUUACUUUGUACUUACAGACCUGUAAACGUCUCGGUCAGCCGCACUGGACUCGGGGACUGUGCUACAUACAACACAGCAAGUCGGCAAACAAACAUGGUGGAUUGCGCCCUCAAAAAGGACUAUGUGUGUGAUGAAGUGGGAAAAAACAAACAAAAAAUCAUUCCUAGCGAAACAGAGAGCGGAUGGUGGGAGGCAGCUCGGAAAUGUACCGAACUAAGGUCUUUCUUUGGUAACGAAACCUCUCUGACUCGUUAUGUUGAGUCGUCCAGUACAACUUUUGAUUCUUACUGGACAAACGUUUUCCGCAGAACAUCGUUCUCGUUUGAGUCACCGGGGGAAGUGGAACACGGGCGUUGCGUUGCCGUUCGAAAUAACUCAGGAAUCUUCACGUUAUUUGUACAGGCGUGCAAUUUGUCUCUACCAGCCCUUUGUAGCACCGUAAACACAAAAACUCCAACGCCUCUGAGUGAUGUCACCACUUUGGUCAAAACGGAUGUUACAACGCCUACGCGUGACGUCACAGGCGCUCCUAUAGUUCGUCUCGGUGAAACAGAACCAGUCUUGUGGCCUCUGGCUUUCGUUGCUGUGGGCAUUGUUCUCAUCGUUGUCGUUUCCGUGAUAUUAUACCACAAGAAACGAGUCUCUACUAGGGAAAUGAAAUCAUCUAAACUGAUAAAACACAUGAGCUACGGUUCAAGACUGGCAAAACCGGAAACCAAUCAAGGGUUUAAAUCGGGAAAUGCAUUGUCAUACGAGACGAGCUUCAUUGAAACGGAACCAAAUCAUGUUUCUAAAACAAAAACUGAAACCCUUUCAGUUUCAUCCAACAAUGACACAACAGAGAGUAAACAAGUUAAUACGACUGGCGCAGAAACACCACCAGACGACAUCUAUAACGAACUCAACGAGAAGAAAACGGACGAUCAAACCGAUGAUAUCUACGAUCACACACGUGACAUAAACGUACGUGACGAUACAUACGAUGGCUUCCGCCGUUCGGACUCUCUCGGGAAUAACGGAACGGCUGAUUGCUUGGAAUAUGAUACUAUGGCUAACAUUAAAGCUCAAAGCACUGGGAACAGUAACAUUUACGAUUCGUGUCUUGACAAGCGCACGACGAAUGCGGAAGUGACCGAUUUUAAUGAAUAUGAUUCUAUGGCCAAUAUCAAUGCAGAGAAAUAAGUGUUAAAUAAUUUAUGAAUGUUGUAUACAUUCGGAACCUUUCUGAAAAGCGACCAAUUAGUCCCUGGGAUCGAAUUUCUGAACAUUAAUACGCAACCAAUGCUCCACACAGAUUGAAAUGAAUACAAAUAUCUCGUUAACUUUAAUGGUGACAACGAAUUGAAAUGAAUACAAAUAUAUCGUUAACUUUAAUGGUAACAACGAAUUGAAAUGAACACAAAUAUCUCGUUAACUUUAAUGGUGACAACGAAUUGAAAUGAAUACAAAUAUCUCGUUAACUUUAAUGGUGAAAACGAACUGAAAUGAAUACAAAUAUCUCGUUAACUUUAAUGGUGAAAACGAAUUGAAAUGAAUACAAAUAUCUCGUUAAGUUUAAUGGUGACAACGAACUGAAAUGAAUACAAAUAUCUCGUUAACUUAAAUGGUGAAAACGAAUUGAAAUAAAUACAAAUAUCUCGUUAACUUUAAUGGUGACAACGAAUUGAAAUGAAUACAAAUAUCUCGUUAACUUUAAUGGUGAAAACGAAUUGAAAUGAAUACAAAUAUCUCGUUAACCUUAAUGGUGACAACGAAUUGAAAUGAAACGGUCGGACACAUCGACUUUAGCUCAACGUAACAUGUCGAUAGUGGUAACGCGUACAUCAGCUUCGUUACAGAGCAAAUCGUUUUUUAUCAAAUUUAUCCGAUUAUCCUUGCAUCGUGUAUAAAUCAUAAAAACAUUUUAUAGUCUUCGUCGUAACCGGAUUUCUGUCUUUAUACUAACUACCAUGAUUAAUAAAGAUUGAUCUUUUCUCUUUGCUUCUAUUGUUACUAUAUAUAUAUUGUGAUACGUAUCGUAUCGUGAUUACAAAUUCCUGAUACGUAUCGUAUCGUCAUGUUAAUGUAUCGUUGCAAUUUUAGUACGU